GCUAUAUCAACCGAUCUUCCUUCCUCCGCACCCUUUCCCGCCAACCUUUACAUUUCAGCCAUUGGUCCCCCUCCCUUGCUUCAGCUUUAGCAAGAGGACUCUCCACCAUGCGUGCUGCCUAUCUUACCACCGCUAUCCUCAGCGCCGCCGCUGUGCGCGCCAAUCCCGCCGACGAUCUGGAGGAUGUCGCUUCCACCGUCUCCUCUGCCGUCGAGUCAGCCAGCUCGUCGGCCGUCUCCAAGCCCACUUUUACCCCUACCAACCUGAAGGCGCCUUUCCUCGAACAAUUCACCGACGACUGGGAGUCCCGGUGGCAGGCUUCCCACGCUAAGAAGGACGACAAGUCCACCGAGGAGGAGUGGGCCUACGUCGGCACCUGGUCCGUCGAGGAGCCCACCGUUCUCAAGGGCAUUGACGGCGACAAGGGUCUUGUCAUCAAGGACAAGGCUGCGCACCACGCCAUCUCCUCCAAGUUCGAGAAGCCCAUUGACAACAAGGACAACACCCUCGUUGUUCAGUAUGAAGUCAAGCUUCAAGACGGCCUCGAGUGCGGUGGUGCCUACAUGAAGCUCCUCCAGGACAACAAGGCUCUCCACCAGGAGGAGUUCUCCAACGCCUCUCCCUACGUGAUCAUGUUCGGUCCCGACAAGUGCGGCGCCACCAACAAGGUUCACUUCAUCUUCAAGCACAAGAACCCCAAGACUGGCGAGUACGAGGAGAAGCACCUCAAGAGCCCUCCCACGGCCCGCAUCACCAAGGCCUCCACUCUUUACACCCUCAUUGUCAAGCCCGACCAGACCUAUGAGAUCAAGAUCGACGGCAAGUCCGUCAAGAGCGGCUCUAUCCUCGAGGACUUCAACCCCCCCGUGAACCCUCCCGAGGAGGUUGACGACCCCAACGACAAGAAGCCCGAGGACUGGGUCGACGAGGCCCGUAUUCCUGACCCCGAGGCCUCCAAGCCCGAGGACUGGGAUGAGGACGCGCCUUUUGAGAUCAUCGACGAGGAGGCCGAGAAGCCUGCGGACUGGCUCGACGAUGAGCCCACCUCUGUCCCCGACCCCGAGGCUGAGAAGCCCGAGGAUUGGGAUGACGAGGAGGACGGUGACUGGGUCGCUCCUACUGUCCCCAACCCCAAGUGCGACGAGGUCUCUGGCUGCGGCGAGUGGAAGCGUCCUACGAAGAAGAACCCUGCCUUCAAGGGCAAGUGGACCGCUCCCAUGGUCGACAACCCUGCCUACAAGGGUGUCUGGAAGCCCCAGAAGAUUGCCAACCCUGACUACUUUGAGGACAAGACUCCCUCCAACCUUGAGCCCAUGGGCGCUAUUGGUUUCGAGAUCUGGACCAUGCAGAAGGACAUCCUCUUCGACAACAUUUACAUCGGUCACUCCAUCGAGGAUGCCGAGGCGCUCCAGAAGGAGUCCUUUGACGUUAAGAAGGCCGUCGAGACCGCUGAGGAGGAGGCCAACAAGCCCAAGAAGGAGGACAAGCCCAAGUCCGCUCUUGACAUCACCUUCGCUGAGGACCCCGUUACCUACGUCCGCGAGAAGUCUGCUCUGUUCUUCAGCAUUGCCAAGCACGACCCCAUCCAGGCCGCUAAGUUCGUCCCUGAGGUCGCUGGUACCCUUGGUGUUCUCGUCGCCACCCUUCUGGCUCUCAUCAUCGGCGCCGUCGUCGGUGGUGGUGCCAAGGCUGCUCCCUCCAAGGAGCAGGCCAAGAAGACGGCCGACAAGGCCAAGGCUGCGGCUACCGACGCCAAGGACAAGGCGGCCGAGGCUGUCAGUACUGGCGCGGAGAAGACCAAGGAGGAGGCCAACAAGAGGUCGACGAGGUCGUCUGCGCAGUAAGCGGUUGUAAGGAUGUUGGAGGGGGAGAGCGUGCGUGCUACAAAAGGAAUACCAAUUGAUUGCUCCAUUCGGAGUUGGGGAGAACGGGGUUACUUGAAUUGCGAAGGGAGGUGUAUAAGCUAUACCUGAUCGCGGGCUUACCUGAAUUAUUGUAACUGAGUUGUUUUCUGCG